UAUAUCGGCAGCUAUCAACACUGCAUUAACGAAGCCCAGAAAGUAAAGACGUCAAGUCCAGAAAAGGAUGUUGAGAAGAACAUUUUUCUGUACAGGGCAUAUAUUGCUCAGAGGAAGUAUGGUGUGGUACUGGAUGACAUAAAGUCCAGCUCCUCUGAGGAGCUGCAGGCUGUCAGGAUGUUUGCAGAGUACCUCUCCAAUGAAGGCAAGAGGGAUGCAAUAGUGGCAGAACUGGACAAAAAGAUGGCCAAGAGUGUUGAUGUUUCCAACACGACCUUCCUGUUGAUGGCGGCUUCCAUCUAUCUGCAUGAGAUGAACACAGAUGCUGCAUUACGUACCCUGCACCAGGGAGACAGUCUGGAGUGCAUGUCCAUGACUGUCCAGAUACUUCUGAAGUUGGACAGAGUUGAUAUGGCAAGAAAGGAAUUAAAGAAGAUGCAAGACCAAGAUGAAGAUGCCACUCUGACCCAGCUUGCUACAGCCUGGGUCAACCUUGCAGUUGUGAGUAUUGAAGACAGCAGCCACCCGGAGACACUCAUCAACCUCAUUGUGUUGACACAGCAUUUGGGCAAACCUCCUGAGGUGACAAAUCGAUACAUGUCUCAACUGAAAGAUGCACACAAGUCACAUCCAUUUAUUAAGGAAUAUAUUGCUAAGGAGAAUGAAUUUGACAGGCUUGCCAUGCAGUACGCCCCCAGCGCCUGAAGAACUAGUUUGAAUUUGUCUCCUAAAAUGCAACACAUUAUUUUUCCUCUUUACACUUUUUUUUUUUAAAUGCCUUUAAACAAAAUAACAUUAAUCUGUUUGAGAUUUGUUUGCUCUGUCUUUUUGAUAUGCCCAAAAGCUCUACAAACAUUCCUGUAUGAUGGUUAAAUAAAUGUUUAUCAUACAUAGUGUUUUUAUGGUA